AUGCCCGAGGAGUCCUCACAGCCCUGCGAGACCCGGCAGUCGUCUAUAGUGGUGGCGGUUCGCGUCCGUCCGUUUACGGCGACGGAGGAAGCGCAUUUGGUGAGCAACGGCGGGCCGGUGCACAACUACCAAUUGGGCGACACGAACCUGACGCUGCCGGGCGUCGAACCGCAAGCCUCGGCGCAUCCGAUCAGUAUUGGGCCCGGCAGGUUCAAGCCACACGGCCUUCGGCGCAUUCUCGAAUGUGUCGACGACAAAAUGCUCGUUUUUGAUCCUGCAGAAAGUAACCCGCUUAGUCGCAUAAGCGAGACGGUGCUGAACUCGCUGGGAUCCGCACCUAGUGGUAACGGCAGCAGCGGUGCCUCCGGCACCGCUGCUGCCGCUGCUGCUGCGCGUCACGGUACGGGACGCCGUAACGGCGAACAGAAGUUCGUGUUUGACAAAGUAUUUGGUGUGAAUUCGACCCAGCUGGAAAUUUACGAAGAAACCACGCAACCGUUGCUCGAUGCAGUUCUCGAUGGGUUCAACAGCACAGUUUUCGCGUAUGGAGCCACCGGCUGUGGCAAAACAUACACCGUGAGCGGCACACCCGACCAUCCGGGGCUCGUAUUUCUCACCAUGCAGGAACUUUUCCAGCGUAUCGAGUCCCUGCAAGACUCCAAACGGUUCGAGCUUUCUGCGUCGUAUUUGGAAAUUUACAACGAAUCCAUUCGUGACCUUUUGAACCCAGAAAUGCCGCCCAAGAAGCUCGUACUGCGCGAAGACGUGAACCGCCGCAUAACGGUCGCAAAUCUGUCGCAUCAUCCGCUUACAAACGUACAGGAAGUCAUGGACCUUGUAGUCAGAGGAAACCUCUGCCGUACCACGUCUGCGACAGAUGCAAAUGAGACCUCGUCUCGCUCGCACGCGGUUUUACAAGUACACAUCACACAACGCAAUCGGACCGCAGAAAUCACGGAAAAUCACAAGUUUGCCGCUCUUUCCAUCAUUGACCUGGCCGGUAGUGAACGUGCCUCUGCGACUAAGAAUCGCGGCGAGCGACUCCACGAAGGCGCCAAUAUCAAUCGUUCUUUACUAGCUUUAGGCAAUUGCAUUAAUGCGCUUUGCGUCCAGGGCAGAAGAGGCACCGGCUGUCAUGUUCCGUACCGAGAUUCCAAGCUUACUCGACUUUUAAAGUUCUCCCUGGGGGGCAAUUGCAAGACAGUAAUGAUUGUAUGUGUGUCACCGAGCAGCUCUCACUAUGACGAAACGCUCAAUACUUUGAAAUACGCUACGCGCGCCAAAGAGAUCAAGACAAAAGUGAUCAGAAAUCAGCAGUCCUUGGACAGACAUGUGGGUUCGUAUUUGAAAUUAAUCACUGAACAGCGGCAAGAAAUAGACGAACUUCGACGCAGGGAACGCAGGAUGAUCGAACUGCAAUUAACGCAGUACAAAAUUAGCAGAGAAAAAGUCCAAUUGGCAAUAUGGGAUAAAGUGCAGGUACUGCAAGACAAUUAUAGAAUACUGGAAAAAUUUCGACACGCAAAACUCAAGAAAUCUUUAACUUUGUGCAAGCGACGCUAUUUGCAAUUGUUACAAAUGGAAGUGUCAGUACUAUUAAAUCGAAUAGAGAAGAAUAGUGAUUUGUUUCAGGAUUGUUCGGGUAUCUACGACCAACUUUCUGAAAAAAUUGUGGAUUUGGAACGCAGUUUCGAUGCGACAGACGAUUUGGACGCGGCUUUGACGAAUUCACGUGAGGUGGAUCUUACCAAAUUGCAAGAGAUGGAAGGGUGGCUUGAAAACUCUGAUUUACACCUCUACGAUACAUUGUUAGCAGGUGUGUCGGAUGCAGUGAAAAAUGAUAUUUUGGUAAACUCUUCGGUGCUCAUGGAGAAACUGUUGCAAGAUCCACUUCUCACGGACCGCGCCAAAUUCUUGUCGACAGCACUACUUGCCGACGACGAUGGUGCCGAUUCUGGUGACUCGCUUGACCAUCAAUUGCAUGCCGCGUUGCGCACACUGGUACAAAUCGACGACGAAUUUGAACGGUUUGCGGAAAACGUGAACUUGUCAACCACCAUGGAUCUUGGUGGGUCGUUCCCAGCCGACCAAACACUGCGGCGGUUUGUGGCUUCGCCUCGGAUCUCUAAGAUACGUAGCAAUGCGGCUCUACCGGCGCAACGACGCCCAUACAAGAACAACAAAAAGGUAAGAUGGUCGGAACCGACCAUUGUCGAACCGACCGUCGUCGAGAACGAACCUUCCAUGAUAGUUGACGAUGACAACACAAACACCACAGAAGUUAACGACAACACCAUUUUGGACCCAGAAGAAGAUGUGAGCAUGCAGGACGUGCCGCGUGGAUCGGAAACAAUAGAUUACGAGAUGAACUCGCCGCGUGGCGGCAUCAAACCCCGCAAAGUCUCAUUAACAAAGACAACGUUACUGAGAGGGAGGUAG